CCUGAGCCAGCUGAGUCGCAGACAAUAGAUGACGCAGUUGGCUAUGGCGCUAACUGCGAGAAUGCGCAAGUCUCAGCUGUACCGGAGGUGUCGUCGGCCCUACCCGGUCCGCACCGUCACCACCCGGAGCCAGAGCACAGCCAGCAGCUGCUUCAUCCAGAGGCUGCCCCCCGAGGUGUUAGACAUGAUCCUGGACAGGCUGUCCGUGCUGGAGAUCAGUGUGUUCAGUAUGGUGUCCAAAGUGAUCAGUAGCUAUACUAUGGACUACAUCUCCACCCUGGCCUGGAAAAACAAAAUGAUCACCAAGAGCUUCCACUACAUCACCCGGAUGUCUGACCAGUGCUCCAUCAUUGCGCAUUACAAAGCCCUGGGUUUGUUGUUCAAGAGAUGUACCCUAUUGCUGCCAACAAAGGACAGGUUAAAGUUUAUCUUUAGCAAGUUCUCUCAGGUCCCCUGCUUCAUGUUGGAGCAGUGUACAACAGCAGACUGCAUCGGCUUCUCCUGCUACGGAGUUUUCCUCCAGACUCUGAUAGCGGGGUGGGAUGAGCUGGAGUGCAACAGAGUGUUCAGCUUCCUGUGCAAUUUGACAAACCUGCCGCGUAAAAUCGAGGCGGUUGUUGCUGGAAAACCAGGUGUCAGCUGGUACCAGGAGCUGCAACUCCGUCUUUUCUGCCGUCGGGUUCUGUUGGACCCAUGGCCGCAGAGUCAGGACUCUGCAUUCUGGCUGACACAGAUCCUCAAGCCCUGGCCCAUGGUCAGCCAGGCACGCCUGCUCUUCAUCUUCUAUGGACCCCUGCUGCCUGACAGCACCCUGGGGUGGCAGGACCUGGUGGGGAGGGAGCUGCCUCACUGUGCUCUGUGGGACCUGGCCAGAGCCAUUCUUGUGCUGCACAGCAACCUGGAAGUCCAGGACUGGACCACCAACACCAUGGUGUCAAUCCUGGAGGAGCUCACUGUGAUUCCUCAGAUGUGGCAUGUGGAGAAUGUGGCUCGUCUCUUGGUGCUUUGCGGCAGCAGUCUGUGCUACAGCGUGCUGGCCAGCAAGGCCGUCAAUGGUCGACUCCAUGAGAUCUCAAAAGUCAUCGUCUACAUCAUACUGGUGUGUGAGAAGGACGGCUUCCAUAUGAACUGGGCAGCGAAGAUAGUCCUGAAGCUGUGCCAGAUCUUCAAAACCACUGCUGAAAAGUUCUUGUUCAUCCAUACUGUAGAGGAUAUGCUCUCUGAGAUCACCAUGGAGCUGUAUGAGCUGGCCACAGUAGUCACCUAUUCUCAGGGGACCAUCUUGAACACAGAGAGAUUUUCCAGACCCUGUGUCUCCUGCUCCACUCCAGCACUCACUUCCACUCCAAAAUGUUCCAACUGCUACUCAGGAAGUAGUGAGGCAGAGAAGAAGUGCUUAUGGAGCGCAGAUGGAAAUAACGUGAUGUGGGAGAGAGGCUUCAAAAGAUUGGUGUCAGAAAGAAACAGAAGUCAGCAAUGUGACUGAAAUCCACAUUAAGGUCAGGAAGGGAGAAGAAAAAGCAAAGAAAAAGAAGAAAAACAAAACAAAACAAAAUGGAGGAUUAAUUUUACAUUUGACAGUUCCCUGUUUGUUUGGAACAACAUGGCGUAUGCUGGUUAAGACUUGCGCUGUU